CGAGAUGCUGGUGGAGCACGCGGCACAGUUGACCUGGCAGGCGAUGGGAGGAACGAGAAUCGAGGUCCUUUACACGUUGCUCGUGUUCCUCGCGGUGUUGUUGGUGGCGAGAUGUCUGCAAUGGCUCAAGUACGUGCGUUCCUUGCCCCCGGGCCCUUGGGGCGUACCCGUGUUCGGUUAUCUGCCAUUUCUGAAGGGCGACGUUCACCUACGUUACGGCGAACUCGCGAAAAAGUACGGGCCUAUGUUCAGUGCACGAUUGGGGACCCAGCUCGUGGUCGUCCUCAGCGAUCAUCGCACCAUCCGCGACACGUUUCGUCGCGAGGAGUUCACUGGAAGACCCCACACCGAGUUCAUCAACAUCCUCGGCGGAUAUGGUAUUAUCAAUACCGAGGGCGCCAUGUGGAAAGACCAAAGAAAAUUUCUUCACGAGAAGCUCCGAAGCUUCGGCAUGACCUACAUGGGCGGCGGAAAGAAAAUUAUGGAAUCGAGAAUUAUGCGCGAGGUUAAGACGUUCCUUCGAAGUCUGGCGUUGCGACGUGGCGCGCCAAUGGACGUCUCAGCCUCUUUAGGAAUGUCGAUCAGCAACGUUAUUUGCUCGAUCAUAAUGGGGGUGCGUUUCCAACACGGUGACGCCAGGUUCAAGAGGUUCAUGGACCUGAUCGAGGAGGGAUUCAAGCUGUUCGGUAGCAUGGUCGCGGUGAACUUCAUUCCUGUGAUGCGUUACCUGCCGUGUCUGCAGAAGAUACGGAACAAGAUAUCGGAGAACCGCUCGGAGAUGGCGGACUUCUUCCAGGAGGCCGUCGAUCAGCAUCGGGCGACCUUCGACAAGGGCAUCGUGCGGGACCUGGUGGACGCCUAUCUCCUCGAGAUCGAGAAGGCGAAGGGCGAAGGACGCGCGGCGUCGCUUUUCCAAGGGAAGAAUCAUGAUCGCCAGAUGCAACAGAUCCUCGGGGAUUUGUUCUCCGCUGGCAUGGAAACUGUGAAGACCACGCUCGAAUGGGCGAUGAUUCUGAUGCUGCAUCAUCCGGAAGCGGCGAAUGCAGUGAGGGAGGAAUUGGACCAGGUGGUGGGCAGAUCGAGGAUGCCUGGUCUGGAGGAUCUACCUUUUCUUCCGAUCACCGAAGCCACGAUCUUAGAAGUGCUUCGGAGGUCGAGCGUAGUACCAUUGGGAACUACUCACGCGACUACACGGGAAGUGACGUUGCACGGUUACACGAUUCCCGCGGGUUCGCAAGUGGUGCCGCUGCUGCACGCGGUGCACAUGGAUUCGGAACUUUGGGAGGAGCCGGAGGAGUUUCGACCAAGCCGAUUUCUCUCGGCCGAAGGUAAAGUCCAGAAACCGGAAUACUUUAUGCCUUUCGGUGUCGGCAGACGUAUGUGCCUCGGCGAUGUGCUGGCGCGCAUGGAGUUAUUCCUGUUCUUCAGCUCGUUGAUGCACACGUUCGAGCUGAGAUCGCCGGAGGGCGCGUCCUUGCCGAGCUUGCGCGGUAACGCGGGUGUCACCGUCACGCCCGAUCCUUUCGACGUUUGUCUGUUACCGAGAAAUCUCGAGCUUAUCGAAGACGCGAGCAACGAUCCGAUUUCGUUCGCUGCGGUGUUAAGGAACAUCGGCAGCCAUUGAGGAAUCCGCGUUUACCUCAACCCUUAACGGACGUUCGCCUUUUGUACCCGACUUCUUUUCGCGGUAGUCAUCCCUGUUCUUUCGGGGAAAAGCGAUGCUAGAAAAGCAUCCAAUUCGUUCGUGAAACUGAAAUGAGAAUAUCUUUGAGAAAAGAUAAAAGUAUAUAGAGAGUAUAAAGAGAAAAAUAGAAGUACAGUAGAACCUCAUUUAUCCUCAUAUAUUAACCCUUUCCGCUCGAGGAAUUUUUCUAUAGAACCAAAUCCAGUCCAUUUUUAUAAUAAAUUUCUGUGAAACCAA